ACAGCUUCUCCACUGUCCAACCAACUAAGAUACUUUUUACCAGUAGUCUACCAAUAGAAACUGUAUUAACCAGCAGUGAAUUCAUAGACAGCUUCUCCACUGUCCAACCAACUGAGAUACUUUCUACCAGUAGUCUACCAAUAGAAACUGUAUUAACCAGCAGUGAAUUGACAGACAGCUCCUCCACUGUUCAACCAACUGAGAUACUUUCUACCAGUAGUCUACCAAUAGAAACUGUAUUAACCAGCAGUGAAUUGACAGACAGCUCCUCCACUGUCCAACCAACUGAGAUACUCUCUACCAGUAGUCUACCAAUAGAAACUGUAUUAACCAGCAGUGAAUUCAUAGACAGCUUCUCCACUGUCCAACCAACUGAGAUACUUUUUACCAUUAGUCUACCAAUAGAAACUGUAUUAACCAGCAGUGAAUUCAUAGACAGCUUUUCCACUGUUCAACCAACUGAGACACUUUCUACUAGCAGUCUACUAACAGAGACUGUAUUAACCAGCAGUGAAUCUACAGAGACUAGCUCAGUUCUUUUAACCAGUACUGUGUUAUUUAGCACUUCAUUUGCCUAUCCAACUGAGUUUAGUUCAGUUUCCCUGA